CCCAAAAGAACAAAAAAGAAGCCGAAGUAGUGUUGCACUACACAGUAUUGUUGGCGUUGUUUUUCUGCAACAAGGCACAGAGAAGAGUACAACGAAGCACAACGUGGAGGUUGCUCAAUCUGUGUUUGAGGAAUCAGCGAAUCGCUAUGGCUUCUUCCAUGUUCUUCACCCAUUGCCAUUAUUCUUCUGCUUCUUCUUUCGCUUCUCGUCUCCAUCGCCAAGUGGGUCCCACACAUCUUCGCUUCUCAUCCCUUCAUUUCUCUCCAGCUACUUCCCAUAUUUCCCCCCUUGCUGCAAUGGUUUCUGAGUCCUCUGCUAAGGUGAUUGAUGGAAAGUCAGUAGCAAAACAAGUUGAAGAUGAGAUAACAGCUGAAGUCUCCAGAAUGAGAGAAGCCAUUGGUGUGGUUCCUGGGUUAGCUGUAAUCCUUGUUGGAGAUAGGAAGGAGUCAGCAACUUAUGUGCGUAAGAAGAAGAAGGCUUGUGAAACUGUUGGAAUCAAUUCUUUGGAAGCACAUUUACCUGAGGAUUCCACAGAAGAAGAAGUUUUGAACUAUAUUUCAGGCUACAAUGAUGAUCCUUCGGUUCAUGGAAUUCUUGUUCAGUUACCUUUACCUUCUCAUAUGAAUGAGCAAACAAUCUUGAAUGCUGUUAGAAUUGAGAAGGAUGUAGAUGGUUUUCAUCCCUUAAAUAUUGGUCGUCUUGCCAUGCGUGGUAGAGAACCUUUGUUUGUUCCCUGUACUCCAAAGGGAUGCAUAGAGCUACUGCACAGAUACAAUCUUUCUAUUAAAGGAAAGAGGGCUGUUGUGAUUGGUCGAAGCAAUAUUGUAGGAAUGCCAGCUGCUCUCUUGCUUCAGAGGGAAGAUGCUACUGUCAGCAUUGUCCAUUCCAGAACUGAUAACCCCGAAGAGAUCACAAGACAGGCAGAUAUUAUCAUUUCUGCUGUUGGGCAACCCAACAUGGUUAGGGGGAGCUGGAUAAAACCCGGUGCAGUCAUUAUCGAUGUUGGAAUCAACCCAGUAGAGGAUCCAAAUAGCCGUCGUGGUUAUAAAUUGGUAGGAGAUGUUUGUUAUGAAGAAGCCAAAAAAGUUGCCUCUGCUGUUACACCAGUUCCCGGAGGAGUUGGUCCAAUGACCAUAGCAAUGCUUCUCCAAAAUACACUCAUCUCUGCAAAGAGGAUGCACAGUUUUGAAUAACAUGGUGAAAGGGUGUACAUCAUUGUGAGCCACGAGAAUUACACUGAAAUAAUUAAACAACAGUCUAAAGUCUGAAUUUUUUGACCCCCAGUAUUAAUCAAAACAAAUAAAUAGGGGAUCAAUACACAAAUGGGACAUUAAUUAAUCAAAGAUCUAGUUGAUCACCUU